GAGGUGGAGAGGAAGAGCUGCCGGAAGUAGGCGGCAGAGGUGGUGGCCGAGCAGGCGCCAGCUGCCUGGGAAACCGAGGCGCGGGACUGACGACCGACAGACGGGCAGGCCAGACGGUUGUCUCUGUGUCCCGCACCCAGGAGGGCCGAGAGUCCCCUUUGCCGGGGCUGAGGGUUUCUGGUCCGGCAGCUUCCUCUGGACUCUGGCUUUUCCCUAAGCCCGCCAGGGGGCGCCGCAUUGAGGGGCUGCAGAGUGGGGGGCGGGCGCGGCUGAAGCAAGAAGGGGCGCGGGGCCGGAGGAGAGGGCUCUCCCCCGCUCAGGAGGUGCCCCUGGGCGGGGGACCGGGAGUCUUCACCUCCGAACUGAGGCAGAGGUUUCUGGGGGCGAAGAGGGCGCGCUGCCCUCUGCCCCCGCCGGCACCCUGGCCAUGACGGGCAAGUCGGUGAAGGACGUGGAUCGGUACCAGGCGGUCCUGGCCAACCUGCUGCUGGAGGAGGAUAACAAGUUUUGCGCGGACUGCCAGUCUAAAGGGCCACGAUGGGCCUCCUGGAACAUUGGCGUGUUCAUCUGCAUUCGAUGCGCUGGAAUCCACAGGAAUCUGGGGGUACACAUAUCCAGGGUAAAAUCAGUUAACCUCGACCAGUGGACUCAAGAACAGAUUCAGUGCAUGCAAGAGAUGGGGAAUGGAAAGGCAAACCGACUUUAUGAAGCCUACCUUCCGGAGACCUUUCGGCGACCUCAAAUAGACCUAGCUGUUGAGGGAUUUAUUCGAGAUAAAUAUGAGAAGAAGAAAUAUAUGGACCGAAGUCUGGACAUCAAUGCCUUUAGGAAAGAAAAAGACGACAAGUGGAAAAGAGGGAGUGAACCAGCACCUGAGAAAAAAAUGGAACCUGUUGUUUUUGAGAAAGUGAAAAUGCCACAGAAAAAAGAAGAUCCACAACUACCUCGGAAAAGCUCCCCGAAAUCUACAGCACCUGUCAUGGAUUUGUUGGGCCUUGAUGCUCCUGUGGCCUGCUCCAUUACAAACAGUAAGACCAGCAAUACCCUAGAGAAGGAUUUAGAACUUUUGGCCUCUGUUACAUCCCCCUCUUCUUCAGUUUCUAGAAAGGUUGUAGGUUCCAUGCCAACCGCAGGGAGUGCUGGCUCUGUUCCUGAAAACCUGAACCUGUUUCCAGAGCCAGGGAGCAAAUCAGAAGAAACAGGCAAGAAGCAGCUCUCUAAAGACUCCAUCCUUUCACUGUAUGGAUCCCAGACACCGCAGAUGCCCGCCCAAGCGAUGUUCAUGGCUCCUGCUCAGAUGGCAUAUCCCACAGCCUACCCCAGUUUCCCUGGAGUUGCGCCUCCAAACAGCAUAAUGGGGAGCAUGAUGCCCCCUCCAGUAGGCAUGGUAGCUCAGCCAGGAGCUUCUGGGAUGGUUGCACCCAUGGCCAUGCCUGCAGGCUAUAUGGGUGGCAUGCAGGCAUCAGUGAUGGGUGUGCCAAAUGGAAUGAUGACUACCCAUCAGGCUGGCUACAUGGCAGGCAUGGCAGCUAUGCCCCAGACUAUGUACGGGGUGCAGCCAGCUCAGCAGCUGCAAUGGAAUCUUACUCAGAUGACCCAGCAGAUGGCUGGGAUGAACUUCUGUGGAGCCAAUGGCAUGCUGAGCUAUGGACAGUCGAUGAGCGGCGGAAAUGGACAGGCAGCAAAUCAGACUCUCAGCCCUCAGAUGUGGAAAUAAAAACAAAACACUUGUAUGGCUGCCACUCUCCUCUGCCCAAUCUCUCCCCCUUUUCCCUCUUUUCCCAACUCUUUCACCCCACCCCCCUUUCCACCUCUCUCAGUUUGAUUUAGAAAUUGCUCAAUCUGUCAUUUGAGGUUUGGCAUUCUGCCCAGCCCAGCCACUUCCCAAACACGUAGACCUCUCUGUUGCUUUAUGUUGUACAUGUUCCCUAGCCAUCCUGGCUUCCUCCCCAGCCUCAGCCCCAGUCCUCUCCUGCACCAGCACCUUAGGAAUUGUGGGCAGAAGGCACUUAAACCGCAGGAGGAAUGUGCACACCUUUGAGUACCUCUCCUGCAAAGUUAAACCUCCUGUUAGAGUCUCAGAAGGGUCUGUAUGCGUUGUGUUUUAGGCAAAGAGGACAGGGUUAGAGGUACUUCCAUAUGUGUUAAUAAGCUAUUUCUACAUGUUUAAAUUAUUGGUUGAAGAGGAAGCCAUCAUGCUCCAAUGAUUUAUGGGAAUGAAGAAAGUACUGAAAUCAAAUUAAAUACUUCUUAGGUCUUAGAUCAGGUUGGCCCUAGCCCUGGGAGGAGGCAAAACCCUAUCUGUGAGGAUAAGCAAAAAUAUUACUCUACUGUGCCCUGAAUUGCUUUUUGGAUCUGAGGCUUCAGGACUCGCUGCUUCAGUCAGCCUUUAUUAGCACCAAAGACUGUGAAGGUCCCAAACAAAAAUGCACACCCCUUUCCCUGCCUCUGUCCUGCCUGCAGUAGGAACUGGCUCAGUGGCUGGGGGGCCAGCCCCUCCAGUGAGAAUGCGGAGCUUAACGUAUGUACUGUGCGCACGCGCGUGUGUGUGUGUGUGUGUGUGUGUGUGUGUGUGUGUCUGUGUGUGUGUUUUUCUCCCACUCCCCAUCUGCUCUAGGUAUUAUUUUUUUUCUUUCAGUUUUAGGUUUACAACAGAGAGGAGUUAAUUUAUCAACAGCCAGUUUUUCGUGAAGUUAAACAAGAUUGCAAUCUCAUUGAUGGCUCCCUUCUUUCUUUCCCCUCCCUCAACUUGCCAAUCACUCUUUCAUGCCUGUGUUUCCUGCGCUGCUCUGUUUCCCUACCUGUUCCAGGUGUAUGAGGCAGAGAGCCUGGACAGCUUUCCUCUCAGUCAUUGUUCACCCUCCUUGAAAAUUAAAAAAAGAAAACUUUGCUUAAAAGAUUUCGUCCGUGGGAACCACAAUUCCUGGUUGCCUUUUUCCUGUGUAUGUGUAAAUUCCUUAAUAAAUAUUACAGGGAAGGAC